AGAUAAUACUAUUGAAAACUAUGGCAAGUCCAAGUUAUAAUUUGCUUUAUGUGAUGAUAAGUUUGUGUGUUACUGUCACCUUUGUGUUUCCAUUUAGCUGCAAUGGUGCUGAGAAUUACUUCUUCAUCUUGGGGGAUUCACUUUUUGAUGCUGGAAAUAAUCAAUACAUUUCACCAAAUCGUUAUAUUCCUGCUUUUCACCUCCCCUAUGGCAGGACCUAUUUCCCUCUUCAGCCAACUGGGAGAUAUUCUGAUGGCCGUUUGGCUCCUGAUUUUAUUGCAUCGAAGUUGAACUUACCAUUCAUGCCACCAAUUCUGAAACCUGGAGCAGAUUUCACUCAUGGCGCAAAUUUUGCUUCCGCUGGAGCAACUGCUACCGUUAAUGUCACAAAUACGAUGAUUUUUGGGAAACAGGUCCAACUGUUCAAGGAGUUAGUAGUAAACUGGACGAACAUACUUGGCAUAGAUGAAGCCAAGAGGAGACUUGGAAAAGCGGUUUAUUUGAUUUCCAUUGGUGGCAACGAUUACUUCAGACAUUCCAAUUCAAACUCUAAUGAUACUAUACCAGAACAACAAGAAUACGUAGACAAAGUGAUUGAAACGAUCUUCCAGGGUAUCCAGGAAAUAUAUAACGGAGGAGGAAGGAAAUUUAUGUUUCAAAAUGUUGGACCGCUCGGUUGUGUGCCAAUGUCGAAACAGACGUCAGAUGUGAUUGAUGAAGCAUGCGCCGGGUUACCAUUAACAUUGGCGAUUCUUCACAACAAUGCUUUAGUCAAGAAACUUAAAACCUUAACUAGCGAAAAUUCUUGGCCAGGAUUUGUAUUCUCAGCCUUUGAUUUCUUCACCGCAGUUGGGAACAGGAUCAAAGAUCCCACAACAUAUGGGUUCAAGUAUGGGGACGUGGCAUGCUGUGGUACGGGAUCUCAUCGUGGAAGUGGGUGUGGAUCAUUAACUCAGGUUUAUGAACUGUGCUUUAACCCGAGUGAAUAUGUGUACUUUGAUGGUGGCCAUACCACUGAAGCUGUCUACUCUCAAUUGGCUGACAUUAUGUGGAGUGGAGGACCAGAGGUUCUUAGUGUGCCCCUCUCCUAUUUAUUUGAAGUUGAAGUUGAAGUUGAAGUUAAAGCCAAAGCAAAACCACUGGUCUGGGGACCUUUUGAUGAUUCUGAGCUAUAA